CCCGCAGGUUACCACGUGAUCGUGGCCUGCAGUAGCGUGGCUGCUGUGAGGUACCUGUGGUCCUGAAGGGCGGGCGGGUGGACGGGCGGACGGACGGGCAGGGAAGCCACCGCGGCCUCUGGCGGACUCUGACUGGUGGCCGAGUCGGGAGCCGCCAUCAGGCGUUAACUGCUUUUUGCCUGAAGCUCCGGUCGGCCCUUUGCGUUACCUCCGCCGCGGCCUCCCGCACCUCAGUGCCGGCCAACUUACCUUUGUGAUUCGAGACCUUGGAGAGUGAGGCCCAAACUCUGGACGAACUCCCAAUCCGCCUCGCGCUUCCUUUCCUCCGUCUCUUCUUUUACACCACCGAAUCUCUUGGCCUUUGAGGUGGUCUGCUCAGCCAUAUCUUCAGACCUAGUUUGGGGCAGUAAAGGUAACUGAGGAAAACGGCCCCCAAGUGGACAAAGGCGGAGGCAAGAAUCGAGCAGGCCCAAGGGUUGCAGGCGGUGAGACUAGGCAGUUGAGGUGGUGAACAAGAAGAGUACUGCGAAAUUAGAAGGCAUUGCAAGCGACUUGUUGCACGAUGGAAGAAUCUGAUCCUGAGAAAAAGACGGAAAAAGAGAAUCUUGGUCCGAGAAUGGAGCCUCCACUAGGGGAACCGGAAGGAUCGCUUGGGUGGGUGAUACCAAAUACAGCCAUGAAGAAAAAGGUGCUAUUGAUGGGUAAAAGUGGGUCUGGUAAGACCAGCAUGAGGUCUAUUAUCUUUGCAAAUUAUAUUGCCAGAGACACACGUCGCCUUGGUGCAACAAUACUAGACCGUAUACAUAGUCUUCAAAUUAAUAGCAGUUUGAGCACCUACUCUCUCGUAGACUCUGUUGGAAAUACAAAGACAUUUGAUGUAGAGCAUUCUCAUGUUCGAUUUCUGGGAAACCUGGUUUUGAACUUGUGGGAUUGUGGUGGACAAGACACCUUUAUGGAAAAUUAUUUCACUAGCCAACGUGAUAACAUCUUCCGAAAUGUGGAGGUUCUGAUUUAUGUCUUUGAUGUGGAGAGCCGAGAACUUGAGAAGGACAUGCACUAUUAUCAGUCAUGCCUUGAAGCCAUUCUGCAGAAUUCUCCAGAUGCCAAAAUCUUUUGUUUGGUACACAAAAUGGAUUUGGUACAGGAAGAUCAACGAGACUUGAUCUUUAAAGAACGAGAAGAAGAUCUAAGGCGUUUGUCUCGUCCAUUAGAAUGUUCUUGUUUCCGAACAUCUAUCUGGGAUGAAACACUUUAUAAGGCUUGGUCCAGUAUUGUUUAUCAGCUAAUCCCCAAUGUUCAGCAGCUGGAAAUGAACCUAAGGAAUUUUGCUGAAAUCAUUGAAGCUGAUGAAGUACUUCUGUUUGAGAGAGCUACUUUUCUGGUGAUUUCUCAUUAUCAAUGUAAAGAACAGCGUGAUGCCCAUAGAUUUGAGAAAAUCAGCAACAUUAUUAAGCAGUUCAAGCUGAGCUGCAGCAAGCUGGCUGCCUCUUUCCAGAGUAUGGAAGUGAGGAACUCUAACUUUGCUGCUUUCAUUGACAUAUUCACAUCCAACACUUAUGUCAUGGUCGUGAUGUCUGAUCCAUCCAUUCCUUCUGCAGCUACUCUGAUCAACAUCCGAAAUGCCAGGAAACACUUUGAAAAGCUGGAGAGAGUGGAUGGACCAAAACAGUGUCUUCUCAUGCGCUAAACACUGCCGAAUAUUGUUUCACACAAAAAAUUGAAACACUGUUUCUUAAUUUUAAUGUUGUAUUCAUAUAUGUAGGCUCUGAAAUAUUGUGAUGCUUACCACUUCUGUAUUUCUUCUCUACUUCCCAGUCCUAACAUUUAACCUUGAAUGCUAUUUAUUCAAAUAGCAAGUGAGGAGUUAGAAGAUGAGGUGUCCAUGAAGUUGGUGUAACGUAAACGUAGGUGAUAUAUGUAAGUGUUCUGAUAACAUGAUUUUAAUGGUGUUUAAGUGUUCUGAAUACCUGCUUUCAAUAGUUGUGUAUGCCAAAGUCUUUCCCAGAAUCCUCUUGUAUUCCUUAUUAAAUACCUAUGUGUAAGUUUGGAAUAUUACUGUUUUCUCAGCAUGGAUUAAAAUUAUUUCUUAAUUCAGCCAGGUAUGGUGGCUCAUGCCUCUAAUUCCAGCAUUUGGGAGGCAGAGGCAGGAGGAUUGCUACUAGUUUGAGGCCAGCCUGGUCUACAUAGGGAGGUCCAGGCCAGCCAAGACUAUAUAUAUAGGCCUUGUUUCAAAAAAUUUCAUUCAUAUAUAUAUAUAUACACACACACACACAAACACCCCUACCUUAACUUCAAUUGUAAAUAAACUUUUGCUGUUAG